CAACACAAUACACAGCCAUAUACAGAAAAAGAACGUCCGAAAAAGUAAAUUAAAAAGAAAUAAUAAAAAAGUAAAAACUGAUUUUAAAAAGUGAAUAAAAUUCAUUAAAUUAAAAAACAAGUGUUUAAAUAAGAAUAAAUAAGAAAAUAAAAUAAUGGUCGAAUAAAUAAAAAUAUUUAGAACACAAAUUCUUGUUGUGAAAUUAAAACUUUUAAAAGUGACAGUUAAAUUUGUGAAGAUGUCGAAGCCAACAGUGUUUUUCCGACGAUGCCUGGUUCCCCACUCUCGUCGCAUCUGCAACUCGUCUGGUCGGCGCACGUCCACCUCGCCACAGCGGUGCGCCACGGCCGCAACGCCCGCGCCGGCCUACUCCGCGAGCCUGAAACCCUUCAUCGACAUCCCCGGCCCACUGGCGCUGCCUAUGCUAAGACACUCCGCUCAUGUUUUACCCAGGAUUGGCAGUUUCCACCACACAGUAGGUCUAGGCCUUCUGGACGGUCUACGAGUCAGAUAUGGUGACCUGGUCCGGCUGGCCAAGGCUUCUAGGACUCGCCCCGUGCUUUAUGUGUUUGACCCAGAGAUGAUGAGAGAGGUAUACGAGAGUGGCGUCACAGACCCUCCGCGCUGGAACGGCUCGCCUCUCACUCAACAUCGGAAAAGUGUUCCUGUACUGUGUCCGAUGCAUGGUGAGGAGAGUAAAGCUAUCUGGGCAGCUAUUCGCGCUCUCUUGCAAGACGGGACCCUACUCAAAUAUUAUGACGACGCGUUUGAUCACAUCGCUACAGAUGCCACUAGAAGGCUAGGAGAUCUGAGGCAUGCUGAAAAUGCCUUAAAUGAAGAACUGGAGACAGAAGUGUACAGAUGGGCGCUGGAAACCGUCGGUAUGAUGAUCUUCGGGAUACGACUAGGCUGUUUGGAUGGACCAGUCCAUAUACCCACAGCGGAGAACAGAAAAAUUGAAAUGACCUCCAUGGACGACGAUGAACCAGAUCUCUGCUCGUUGUCAAAGAAGUCCUUCGAAGAGUUGACCCCAGCGGAGCGUCUAAUACGGUGUACAAGGGAGAUAGCUGAUAGAAGCUAUCUCGUGCGAAGCGAGAGCACACUCAAAACUGAUUCUCAAGAUUUCAACAACGCUUUAAAAGCUUUUGAUAGCCACUUCAGUUUAACGGAACACUUCUUAAAGCAAGCUCUGCAGCAACUCAAAAGUAAGCCAAAACCUGAACAAGUGCUUCUGGACAAGUUGCGACCGCUAGACAGGCGGAUACUGCCGCUAGCUGCUGAUGCUCUGUUGGCUGGAGUCGACCCUCUGGCCCAAACAGCAAUGAGCAUGUUCUACCACAUGUCUCUCCACGCGGCUCAACAACAACGCGCUCACGACGAAGUCCACUGGGCCGCGGCCUCUAUCGACGCCGGCGCAGGUUGUCCGGAGAUGCCUUACAUCGCCGCCUGUGCUAAAGAAGCCAUGAGGUUACAUCCAGCUACUGGUGGCGUUGUUAGAAGAAGCCGGGAAGAUUUGGCUAUUGGUGGAUUUGAAGUUCCUGCUGGGGUAGACAUAGUCCUAGCACACGGCGUGACGAGCAAGCUAGACAGCCAAUGGGGCCGCGGCAAGGCGUUUACCCCUGAGCGUUGGAGCCCUGCGGGCUGGGAGCCGCCGCGAGCCAGCAAAGCGCAUCCUCUCGCCUCCAUGCCCUUUGGAGAAUCCUGUCCUGCCACCGGAGUAGUGGGCAAGAUGCUGGCUACGCUAGCCACCAGAGUGCUGGAUAAAUAUCGGUUGGAGUGGCACGGCCCGGCACCAAACAUGACAACCACAACUGUAAACCGACUCCAACCACCAUACUACUUCGUAUUGCAGAACGCUGCUUAAAUUGUGAUAUGUUUUUUGUGAAAUAUAAUUAAGUAUAGGUUUAGGACAUCAUAUAUUAAAGCCGUGGUUAAUCAGUUGAGGGUCUGAGAAUGAGAUUUGCAUAUGGUGUGUCCGAGAAAUGCGGUCAGUUUGACUCACUUACGAUGCUAAACAAGUCGAAAGGAUGGAAGUGACUGUGAUUAGUCAAACUUUGGUGGUAUCUUAUAUCUUAGGGGUUAAAAGCAAUUCAUCUAAAAAACCAAUAUUGCUAUUUGACAUUUGUUUGCAUUGCGCACUUACUUUUACAAUGUUGCUUUUGAAUUGCUUAGAUGCGGCCUUUUUAACCUCCCUGAUCUCUUAGGGUGGUAUUAAUAAACUAAUCUCAGCUUGGAGACUGCCCUCAAGAUCAUGUCAAUGUGACAAUUCUUUUAUUAAUGCCACCCUUAGUCAGACUUAGUUGACUGUUGAAAGAACUUUUUUAUCUAUUAGUCUAAGAAUCUAGAGGAUGAGUCAUUUCAAAGGUCCGCGGAGGUCCGUGUUGCUCUAUGGGUCUACAAUGUCCUUUACUGGGCGGCUAACGGGUGAUAUAAAAUUAAGAUGAUGAAUUUUUCUUCAUAUUCCAAGUUCUAUAUAGUGAUAACUUUAAAUUAAAGUUUUAUAUUAAGAUAGUUAAUUUUAAGAUAAUUAGGUGAAAAUCCAAAGAUGUUAAAAAACAAAAUGGUUUAACUCUUAUUCGCCUUAAUGUCUCGUAUUAUUCUGAAAUAAAUAUAUUAUUGAUUUAUUUUUGAGAAAUAAAUUCGUAUUAUUUAGUUUAA